GUUGAACAUAAAGGAUUCUUUUAAGCAUUUAUAAAAAUAAAAGAAAAAGAAUCGAGAUAGUGGCAUCGGACAAGAUAAGGAAGCAUUAGAUGCAAUAAGAUGAUGGGAGGACCAUCGUGUUUUAGCUUGCCUCCGAUCAUUAGUCGCUCUAUAAAUAGGCAAAGGUAUUAGAGGUAUUAUUCAUUGUCUUCAAUACGUACAAUCAUAACAAUUAGCAACAUUUAUAUCAACAAGUGAGAAAAGAUGGCAUCUUCCCAGCAAGUAGCUAACAUCAGUGAGGAGAACAGGGCAAUCCUUUGUAAAUUGAAGAAUGACAUUAAGGCAUCUAAUGGAGGAGUUAACCUGAAUGCCCAAAGUCAAGCAACCACAACAAUGAACAUGAGCAAUAUGGGAGUGGGACAAAUGAUUGUUCAUGAUAACUAUAAUUGGUCUGGAAAUGUUUUGGGCAUUUACCCUACUAUUAAUGCUAUGGAUACCCGCAACUUUAUGCACAGGGGUAUCCCCCCCAAGGAUCCACAAGGAUCUUAUGGGUGUGUCAUCUAUGCCGGGCCUAAUGUUCAAGGUGGCGCUAUUAAUUGUGCAUGGGUCUUGGCUUGGAAAGUUCUUGGCGACGGUUCUCCAAACAAAAUUUACGUGGAAACUGGAGUGCUUACCAAAUACCCGAAAGGUGCUGUUAAUUGGAAUGCAAUCAAAGCCAGUUUGGAUAAUUCUAGCAAUGAAAGUCAAAAUCGUGAUCCACUUUCUGGUGCAGAGGCAUCUGCCAUGAUUGAUGCAUCUGGCAAUAAUGCGGCAGCCUCUGCUCUCUUUACUGUUAGUCUUUAAUUAGACUCAACAUAAUCAAACUAAAUUGUGUGCAACAAGGAAUUAAUAGUACUACGUACUUAUUAUAAUACUAAAUAAUUGUUGCGUAUAUAUAAAAUAUACAAUAUAUGCAACAAGGAAAUACUCUGUACUAGUAACAUAUAAUAUGUACUACUAAAUGAUUGCUACUAAUCAUGAUGAAUUUACUAUG